AUGGCUUCUGGCCUUGGUGGAUUCAUCAAGGUCCGGGUAUCCUUGGUGGAAGGAUUUUCCCUUUAUUGGAUAUCCAAACCUCAUUGUCAAACCGCCAAACAGAUAGAAGAGCUAGAACAGGAUGAGGCCAAGCCAAGCAUUGCCGCAAGACUUGAUAGAUUGAUCAGGGGAACAAAUCCCGACAGCCGAAUCAGCCGGUCCAGUUGCUUUAAUUACUCUUCACUUAAUGGAAGGGCUGGUCAGUCAGUUACUGGUCAUCCACAACGUAUAGAUUACUAA